AUGUAUAAAGUUUUUACAAGAGUUGGUAUAUCGGCAUGCUGUUUUUUUGGUGGCCGUGCUAAGUCUUGUGGUUUAUCGGAUGUUCAAGUUACAGAUACACCAGCAACUUGUACGGCUUUAUUUUACAAUGGGGUUAAAGUGGAUUCAAAUUACCAUAUUUCUGUACCUUGCAUGUGUAAAGAGGACAAUCAAACAUUAGCAUAUUUAGACAACUUAUUAAAGACGAAAGAUUCUCGGCGUCUAUUUUUAUACUACGGCCAUGAUACUGUACAAGAAUGGACUGAAAUGCUUGCUUGUGAAUCUUCUAAUGGCGGAACUAACUCGUUAAAAGAAAUGGAAAGCUUAAAAACUUUGUUGGACGAACAUCAAGGAAUUGGUGGACUUAUUCUUACAGGUUUAGAGUAUGACUAUGAUUCUGUUGAAUUUCCGGGAUAUUCUGAAAAUUUAAAAAAAUAUCUCGAGGUGAUGAAAGAAAGUUUUCCUGAUUUGAUUAUUGCUCUUGAUUUAACAGGACGAUUUCUAAUAGAUCAGUAUACCGACCCAAAGACAAAAUGGUUGGAUAUAACUGUAAUAGAUUCGGUUACGAAUUUUUAUGUUGUUUCACUUAUGGACUUAAACGAUUGCACCGGCGUAAAUUUCGUAAAUGGAAUAGCUCCAAUGAAUGCAUCAUAUACAGAUUAUACAUUGGAUAAAGUAAAAGAUGUCUUAAUAAAGGCAGCUAUUCCAAAAGAAAAAACACAUUUUAAAUUUAGAAUUCACCCAACAGAUGAUCCCCAAAGUCCACUGACGUAUUGUGAUUUAGUCACGGAGAAGGUUUGUUUACAACCACAAGAAACGUGUACUUGGUGUGUAGAAUCUUUAACAUCAUAUAAUGAAAAGGGUAAUUUUGCCAGAGAUUACGGAGCAGGAUUUAUAAGUUCUUAUAUAGAUUUUAAUGAUCCUGAUAACUGCUGUAAAUGUGAAAAACCAUACUCUGGGUUCAAUGCUAUUUUAGAUGGAUUUAAUAGUGUCACCACAAAACCUUGUGAUUUAUUAAACAGAAAUUAG